AUGGUGCAUGAUAUUUCUCAAUUAAUCGAAGAUAAAUAUAUGCUGAGCCGUGAGGUCAAACACAAGGAGCUCCUGGCUUUGCAAGCUCAGAUCAAUCCGCAUUUUCUAUACAAUACAUUGGAAUUGAUUAAUGCGAUGGCUAUCGAAAUAGAAAACGCGAUUUUACACGGAAUUAUGGAGAAGGAUGACGAGGAAGGUUGCAUACGUGUAACAGCACGGAGAGAAGAAGAGGAUGUCGUGAUCGAGGUGACGGACGAUGGCGACAACAUCUAUAAAGAAACAGGAGGCUACGGGAUACGAAACGUUGAAGAACGAUUGAAGCUCAGCUAUGGGAAUAUCUACGCUCUGAAAAUCAUAAAGAAGGUGACGAAAAUGAGCCGAAAAAGCUAUGUGACCAAGCUUGAUGCCUCACCAGUGUUCACGUUUGUUUCUUACACAAUCAUGACUCUGAUUGCUGUGAUAUGUGUGCUUCCAUUUGUCGUUUUGAUUGCUGGGGCCUUUUCUUUGGAAGAGUUCGGUUUUGCGCGCAGGGUAUUGGUUUCCUGGCCACGGGACUUUUCGUUCGACGCGUUCAAGUACAUUUUUCAAUAUCCGGAAAAUGUGUUAUCUGCGUAUAAGGUGUCUGUCAUUGUAACAGUGAUUGGCACCACGUUAUCGCUGCUCUUGUCAACGCUCGCAGCAUACGUCAUUAGUCGAAAAGAACUGAAGCAUCGCAACAAAUUGGCGUUCUUUUUGUUCUUCACCACACUGUUCAACGGAGGUCUGGCACCUUAUUAUAUCUGGAUAACCAACAAUUUGAAAUUGAGCAACACCUAUGCUGUGCUUAUUUUUGGUUCCGAUGUUAAUGUAAUGUAUAUUUUGAUCCUUCGCAGCUUUAUUAAAGAAUCGGUUCCCGAACCAUUGGUCGAGUCUGCCAAAAUGGAUGGGGCGGGGGAUCUGCGCAUCUUUUUCCAAAUGGUGUUACCUUUGCUGAAACCGGCCUUGGCCUCAAUUGGAAUUUUCACAGUGCUAGCAUACUGGAACGAUUGGUGGACGCCCAUGAUGUUUACAACCAAAGAUCAUCUGGUUCCGCUACAGUAUCUUCUCUAUAAAAUGCUCUCCUCCACAACCUUCGGCGGCUAUGUCCCACUGGCUAUGACCGUCAUUGCUACCGGGCCAAUUUUGCUCGUGUUCCCUUUUGACCAGAAAUACUUUGUGAGCGGGAUCACCAUUGGUUCCGUCAAAGGA